UCUUUAAAUGCCUCCGCCGCAGGUUGGACCGCAUUUUGACGCGAGCCAAAACCUCCCACACGCAACACAUUUUGCGCGCGCAAAAGUGCUAACCGCGCUGUGCGACCACUCAUCGUGGCCGUACCUGAUAGUGUCGUGUGCACGUGCACGUUUUGUAUUUGUUUGUGCAUUAUACAAAUCCAACGCCAGGGUCCGGUCUAGUCGCCGACCACCGGUCACAGACCAGUUGCAGUCAGAUCUCCGUGUGAAGUGGUCAAAGUUUGGGAAACAAACUUCCUCCAAGGCACACCGCUAGUGACCGCCGUAGUAGUAGUGUUUGGAAGUUUUGAAAGUGUACUAAGGGUAGUGGACGAGUUGCUUUUUUUUUGGGUGACAAAGUUGUAGCAGUGACUAUCACUAGUGAAAAUGGCCGCCGUCUGCUUCGGGUGCAAGGAAGAGAUUAAGGACAAGAUGCUGGAGGCACUGGAAAAGAGCUGGCAUCCGGAGCACUUUGCCUGCAAGGAGUGCAAGAAGCGCAUCGCCGAAAAUAAGUUCCACGAAAGCGAAGGGCUUCCGGUGUGCACCAAGUGCUUCGAGUCGAAGAUACAGGCGAUCUGUGCCGCGUGCCGCAAACUUGUAACCGAGAAAGUGGUGAAGGCGAUGGGCAAGACCUGGCACCUGGAGCACUUUAUCUGUGGUGGACCGUGCAAGCAGCAGCUGUCGGGCAAAACGUUCUUCGAGCGCAAUGGCAAACCGUACUGUACCGCCGACUACGAGCGGCUGUACGCGCCCAAGUGUGGCGGCUGCAAGAAACCGAUCGCCGAGAAAGCGUUGUCCGCGCUGGAAAGCAAAUGGCACAAGGAGUGUUUCAAGUGCAAGCUCUGCAAGGAACCGAUAGGAGCGGACGCCAAAUUCCGGGCCGACAAGGAAAAGCAACCGAUCUGCGAGAAGUGUGGCAUAUAGGUGCCUCUGCUGUGCGCUGCUUCUCUUCUGCUGCUGCGAGUUGUUGUUAGACGUAAAAAUGUAUCGUGUAUUCGCGUGUGCCAUUUUGUUAAGCGACCUAACCUAACUUGUUACCAACAAACGGUGACCAGGUGUCGGAUAUUUAUGAAUAUACCGUCCGUUUGAGUAUUUAGUGGAUCUUUGCGCCAGAAGUGGCCCAGCUAGUGGUGUUAAGUAUUAUCUGUUUCUUCUUCUUCAUCUCACUUUUCUGUAUAUACAAAAUGACUCCGAAUCACAUCGACAAAUGUUGCGCAGGAGAAGGAGAUCCUCGCCGCAAAUCUAUCAAGUGCUAUCUCAUAUUCACGUUGUUUGCUAUUAAAUAAAUAGAUAAUUUAUUGUUGCAUCUUGCAGACAGAG